AGUAAAUUUAGGCUACUAUUUAUGGCUUUGCCACACACACACACACACACAUACACACAGCUUGCAGCUGUUUGGAAAUUACCGUGUCUGUGCGGAUUGGUCAUGCUUCAACAGAAAUUGGAAUACUAGCGAACGCUCCACUGAGGAUUAUACAAGGUAGAGUGGCUCUGAGUCUUCACUAUGGGGGACUUCCAGCAGUAUGAUCAGGACUUCUAUCAGACAGGUUAUUACGUAGACGACCAAGGCCAGGCGACCUACAGCUAUGACCCCAACUACCCCUUGAGUUCCGAGUACCAGGAGGGGGAGGGUGUGUAUGACUCCUCGAUGGACACAGCUUACCCUGGGCAGGUCUUUCAGCCUGGGUUGCCUCCUGGAAUGGACUACACAGCAACUGGAGAUGGCUAUGAGGAAGAGCCCCCUCUGCUGGAGGAGCUGGGCAUUAACUUUGAGCACAUCUGGCAGAAGACCCUGACUGUGCUGAACCCAGUGAUGCCAGCCGACGGCAGCAUCAUGAAUGAGACAGACCUGACUGGGCCUGUGCUGUUCUGUAUUGCUCUUGGAGCCACCCUACUCAUGGCGGGCAAGUCUCACUUUGGAUACGUGUACGGCAUCAGUGCUGUGGGGUGUGUGGGGAUGUACUCGCUGUUGAAUCUCAUGAGUGACUGCACAGUGUCAUGUGGCUGUGUGGCCAGUGUGCUGGGCUACUGCCUCCUCCCCAUGGUGGCGCUGUCUGCAUUCGCAAUCUUUCACUCCCUACAAGGGCUGCUGGGAAUGUUCCUUGCCGUGCUUGUGAUUGGCUGGUGCAGUCACUCUGCCGCAAAGAUCUUCAGCACCACUCUGGGACUGACUGGACAGCAGCUACUGGUAGCCUAUCCCUGUGCGCUACUCUACGGCGUAUUUGCCCUUCUGUCAGUCUUCUGACCAAUCGCGCCAGCUCAUUGUCUUAUUGUCUGUUAUUACAUCACUGACUGCCCACCAACUGACCCAGCAGUGACCUAUCAAAGGACAACAGACUGCACACCCUUGUAAAUAUAGCCCUAUUUUGAUAAAGGAGGAAAUGAUGAAUAAAUCAUGAUAACAAACAAUAGCAUAUGUGGGAGAGUAUAGCCUUGUGGAGACAAAUAUAAAACUGCCUAACAGGCUUAAUAAUUGAGUGGAACUUAAGCUGUCUGAUCCCAUUAACUAUUUAUAUGUGCACUGAUAUGGUACCAUCACAUAAUGUGACAGUGUUGCUGUGUGUGUGUGUGUGUGUGUGUCUGUGUGUGUGUGUGUGUUUGUGUGCAGGUGUAUGCACAGGUGUAUCUAAUCUACGCACCAUUGCCUCCCUAAAAGAGCUCGUACACUGAUACCUCUUAAAUAGUAAUAUCGUUGAUGGGGGUUGUAGUCCAGUGGGCCUGUCUCUCUCUACCCAGAGCAAAGAGCAUGUCAGUGAACAUGACAGCUCCUGUUUAGGAGUCGCCCCGGCAUGGUAAACACAGUCUCUUGACCCUGAUAGUGUAUCUAUAGAUCAAUCUUCCACUACAGCUCACACAGACAGGCAGGUUAGGUGUGUGCAAAUGCGCUGAACUUUUGAUGAUGUUCAAUGGGUGGUGACCAGAAGGUUACAGCUAUGUUGUUUGUUGGCAAAUUAGAAUUUAUUUUGAAAACACAAAUACGGACACAAACGAACUAUUGUAUAAUUAAAUGAUUUCCUUGUCAAUUAUAAACACAGAUCCUGGAAGUUUAAGGGUUUAUAUCCAUCUGUAGUGCAUCUAGGACACAUUUGAGUACUGUACCUAUACUUUUCAUUGUGAUGCAUGUUCAUGGUGGUAUAUAUGUGCUUAAUAUUUGUCACGAUUUUCAUUCUAUAUAUUAUUAA